AUGGAAAAAGAUUCAAGUUUUGAAUGGCCCACAUAUCCAUUUACUUAUGAAGAGGAUUCAAAAGCUGUGGACGAUAAAAUCAACACACUCACACCGUUAGUUGAUGAUUUUACAGGAAGUAAGGCUUCAAAUAAUUACAAAAAGUUAGAUAGUCGACUUACUCAUCUCUUAGAUAGAGCUACACGAAUAAAACCUACAACUAAAGCAGAACAGGAUAAUAAAUCAAAAUUAAUAUCCACGAUUGUUUCUUUAAUUUCACUAUUGGAAGUUAAAGGGAAAGCUCACACUUCGACACCUACGAAAUCAGUAGCUGAAUUAAGUUUAAUGGCAGGAAAUUCUUCGUCAGGAGAAGAGACAAGUGAUUCAACUGAUGAUGCUAAAGAAGUUAUGUGUAUGAAACCAAUUCCUGUGACGAAAUGGGGAACUAAAUUUACAGGAGAACCAACAUGUUCCUUGAGCGCAUUCCUGGAGAGAGUUAAAGAAUUGAGCGUUGCGAGGAGGGUGUUUCGAAACGCAUUAUUUUUGUCAGCGAUUGAUUUGUUCGAAGGUAAAGCCUUGAUAUGGUAUAGAGCCAAUAGAGACUCGUUUACGAGUUGGGAAGAAUUGGUUGAACGAUUAAGUCAAGAGUUCCAACCUGUAGACUAUGAUAGAUUGUUGGAAGAAGUUCGUAAGACAACUCAAGCAUCAAGUGAAACGAUCGGUAUUUAUAUAGCAACCAUGAAGAAUUUAUUCUCAAGGAUGAAUGGGAAGAUUUCAGAAACUGUACAACUUAAAAUUAUUAUGAAGAAUUUAACACCAUCGCUUCAGAGACAACUAUCGUUGGUUGAAGUUACUUCAAUAGAAGGGCUAUUGCAACUUGGAAGAAAAAUUGAAGCUACACGAAUUUCGGCGGAUAAAUAUGUUCCUCCUCCAAAAAGAUGCCAUGCAUUGGAGCCAGAUUUAGCUUUUGUUGGACAAGGAUCAGGAGAACCUCCGUCAGCCAGACCUGAACAGCAUCAAUCAACUAAAAAUAAAUGCUGGAAUUGCGGCCAUAAUGGUCAUAACUCACGUCAAUGUAGAAAUCCUCGUAAAAGACAUUGUUAUGGUUGUGGAAAACCUGAUGUUGUCAGAAGUUCAUGUCCAAGAUGUUCGGGAAACGGAUCAAGGGUGUGUCGACCAUACCUCGAAGUUAGUAUUUUGGGACGUGGAAUAGUAGGACUUUUGGAUUCAGGAGCCACCAAUACCAUUUUAGGUGGACCAGGGAUAAAAAUUUUGAAUAGAUUGUCUUAUGUUAUUGAAAAAUGUGAUUUUACUUGUAGAUUAGCCAAUGGGGAGGAAUGUAUGGUUACAGGUAGAGCCAGUAUUCCGGUAACUUUGGAGAAUCGUGUCAGGAUCAUUGAAGUUUUGUUAAUACCUAGUUUAAAACAUACUCUAAUUUUGGGAACAAACUUUUGGAAGAGGAUGGGUAUUGUGCCAGAUUUAAGAAAUGGAAAUUGGAGUUUUUCGAAAGAACCGCCUUUGGUCACAGUUAAUUCUAUUUGUGCUAGAUCUGCGUUACAACCAGAAGCAGAAAGAAAACUUCAGGCUUUAAUUGAACGACUUUUUGAAGUAUUUCCAGAUCAAGUUUUAGGAAAAGCGACGUCGGUCGAACAUAAGAUUAUUGCCAACGGACCACCAAUAAAACAAAGAUACUACCCUGUUUCACCAGCAAUACAAACAAUUAUCGACAAGGAAUUAGAUGAAAUGCUUAGUUUAGAUGUAAUUAAAAAAUCUAACAGUCCUUGGGCUUCUCCAAUCUUACUUGUGCCGAAGAAAGAAGGGGGAUAUAGAUUUUGCGUCGAUUAUCGAAAAUUAAAUAGAGUUACUCAAUUAGAUGCUUACCCUCUACCUCAGAUUUCAUGGACGCUGGAUCGAUUGCGUGAUGCCAAAUAUUUAUCGUCUUUAGAUAUAAAGUCUGCUUAUUGGCAGAUCCCAGUAGAAGAGGAAAUUAGAAAAUAUACGGCUUUUACCGUCCCUAAUCGUGGCCUCUUCCAAUUCAAGCGUAUGCCGUUUGAUUUGGAUCCAUACGUGUUCGUCUACUUGGAUGAUAUCGUUAUUGUAACCCCAACUUUGGAAAGGCAUUUGGAGAUAUUGGAGGAAGUUAUUACACGUAUAAGAAAUGCUGGAUUGACAUUCAGCAAAGAUAAAUGCAGUUUCUGCAGGGAAUCAUUGAAGUAUCUCGGCUAUGUGGUGGAUAGAAAUGGGUUACGGGUGGAUCCGGAUAAAGUUAGAGCCAUCUUAGAAAUUCCGUUGCCAAGAAAAGUGUCUGAAGUGCGUAGGAUGGUGGGAGUUGCCUCGUGGUACCGUCACUUUGUAUCAAAUUUCUCCACAAUCAUUUCUCCGCUAACAUCAUUAUUAAGGAAAAAUCAAAAAUUUGUUUGGUCAGACCGAUGUGAAAAAUCUUUGAAAAAAGUAAAAGAAAAUUUAAUCAUAGCACCAGUUUUGUCAUGCCCAGAUUUUACUCAAGAAUUUACAAUUCAGACAGAUGCUUCUGAUUUUGGUCUUGGAGCAGUACUCAGUCAGAAUUUAAAUGGAGAGGAAAAAAAUCCUAGCGGAAGAUUAGCGAGAUGGGCUAUACGUUUGCAGCAAUUCAAUUUUACCAUCGUACAUCGAAAAGGGAAAGAUCACUUAGUGCCUGAUAUGUUAUCAAGAUCAGUACCUGUUAUUGUGGAGAGUUUGGAGGCUCCGAUGAAAUCAGAUCCUUGGUACGAAAAGAUCAUCAAAUCGGUACAGGAAAAUCCUCAAAAAUUUAAUAAUUACCGACUAGAAAAUGGUAGGUUAUAUAAACAUAUUUGGGAUAAAGGAUGUAUUGGGCCGAAACUAAGGGCUGAUGUUCAGCGGUACGUUCAAAGGUUCCAGAUGUGUCAAAAAAGUAAACCGGAACAACAACGACAACCUGGGAAGAUAAGCAGUCAUGUGAAAGCAGUAAGACCAUGGCAAUAUGUCAGCGUAGAUAUUUUAGGACCGUUACCACGUAGUGGUCGAGGAUACGCUUAUAUCUUAGUAGUUUUGGAUUUAUUCUCGAAAUUUCCGUUAGCGUUUGCUUUGAGAUAA